AUGGCUACCCCCAGUGUCCUUACCUUUGAUGCUGAGGGCCGUGCCGUUGACUUUGAGGUCUGGGUCGAUGACCUCCAGCUGUUUCUCCAGUGCGAUAGGGCAGACGGACUCUCUCUGUUCGAUCUCACCUCUGGUGUUUCUCCCGCCCCACCUGCUACUGCUGACAGCACUGUUCGCUCACAGUGGGCCACACGCGAUGCUGCUGCUCGCCUUGCUGUGCGUCGCCACUUACCGACCGCUGAGCGUGCGCACUUUAGCCAGUACAAGAGUGCUAAGACCUUGUACGACGCUGUAGUUGCACGCUACUCCUCCCCUGCCACUGCUGCUCUUAACCGCCUCAUGCUGCCGUACCUGUUCCCUGACCUUGCUGCUUUUCCCACAGUCGCUGACCUUGUCACUCACCUUCGCACUAGUGACAUUCGCUACCGCGCUGCGCUUCCUGCUGAGUUCUGUGCCCAGAACCCCCUCCCCAUUUACAUCACCCUCUACUACAUAGUCACCCGCCUCCCUGACUCCCUUCGCUUAGUCAGGGACCACUUCCUCUCAGUUUGCCCCACCACACUCACCGUCGACCUCCUCGAGGAGCGCCUCCUAGCAGCAGAGAAGAGCAUAUUCGCUGUAGGAGCCUCUCGUGCCGACCUCGUUGGUUUCGAGUCGGUCGGCGCUGCGUCUGCCCCGAGCGGGAGACGCCGCACCGGCAAGGGCAAGGGGGGCAAGGGCGCUGGAGGGGCUGGCGGGGGCGGUGGAGAUGGUGGUGGAGGCAGUGGAGGGGGUGGGGGUGGUGGUGGUAGUGGUGGCGGGGGUGGAGGUGUCGGUGGCAGCAGUGGAGGCGGAGGAGGCAGCGGUGGUGGCGGAGGGAGCGGAGGCGGUGGAGGCGGUGGAGGCGGCGGAGGCGGCGGAGGUGGCCGAGGCCCUGGCGGCAGCAGUGGACCUGGUCGCGGCUCUGCGCAGAGGAAUGGCUCCGGUGGUGGUCCGCGCCAGCAGCAGCAGAGCAGUCGUGAGACCCUGUCCCCUCAGCAGCUUUGUGAGUGGUACGCUGCGCGUUAG